AUGUCGCUGUGCAUCAAGAACAAGUUUGGAAUCCUGCCCACAACUGAGUUGCUGUUCUUAGACGAGACUGACACUGUGGUUGAUGAGGAGGUGAUGCAUGACUUGCUGGACGCCAACCCAAGUAUCUGCCUGUUGGCCAAAGAUUGUGAAGAAUUUACACCAACAGAUUGUUCCACACCAAACUCCUCAACACUUCAGGUGCUUGAUGUAGAAAUGUCAUCUUUGAGUACAUCACAUCAGUCCAGUGUUGCAGAGGGAGCCCACACUGCUGCAACAGAUGAUGCUGCUGAAAUUGCCAAAAAGAUGGUCCAGGAGGCUCUGGAGAAGAAUGCUGGUGGUCAAGAUAUAAUUGAGGAGUAUAUAAGAUCCAAGACCUUGACACACAACACAAGACGACAUCUGGUCAAUAUCCUUGUCAGCCACAUGGUUGAAAAACAUGGGAGGGUCCCAGUUCGCAUGCAAAAAGAAAAAUACGGACUUGGCAUCGUGACCCUUUUCCCAAAUCUCAGGGAUCCUUUCUCCACCAAAGGCUACGAACACUUCUAUGAUGGUGUAAGUGGAACUGGCUACCUGGCAUGGCGCCUGAAAACUGUCCAGAGAAAAGUUACAAAGCGUUCGGUCGAGAGCAGCCCCCAUGGAGCCUUGCUGGGAGGGCCCAGUCUGAAGAGGAGUAUCGCAGCAGAGCAACAGGCAGAUGGUGAUGCGGUCAGAGAAGCCAUAUCUCUACUUUUGCAUUCAAGUGACGAUGCAGUUAUCCGCAGCAAGAUGAGGGACACAUUUCAGCAUCGUCAUGAGAUGGUCCAUAACCCAGAGAUGACAACUGAAGUCCUGAAAACUUAUCCACGUUUUCUGGAUGUGAAGGGAUUGAUAAAUCAAGAUUUCACACUCCUGUUUGGAGGGGAUACAUCCUCCAAGUUAUUAGAGAAGUGGGACUCUACCUUCAAAAGCAAAAUCAUUGAAGAAGCAAGAUGCUUGACUCCGACUCACACUGUGCGCCACCUUCUGAUGUCUGCAGAGAACCAAGACACUGAACCCAGCGCUGACUGGGACUCAGAUAUCGCUGCUCUACUGCUCUUAGUACACCUCCUCCCACCCCAACCUAUCGGCAAGAAAGCUGCGAAGAUCAGUGCAGAUGCUGCGUCCGAAAGGCUUGUUGUUUAUCACAAGUCCUGUUGCAGUUUUGAAGAGGCUCUCAGCAAACGCGAUCACAAACAUCCAUACCUCCUUGCUGCCGGGAGAAACCGAAAUCGGAUCGACCAGUUCUACAUUGCUUUGGACAAAAAGCUGAUUCCAUGUGAGGCAGCAAGUGCUGUGGGUGCAUUUGAUGAACUUUUUAAAUUGCACUUUGUUUUCAAUUUGGCAUAUGAUGACUCACUUCACAACUUCUACACAUUUGUGCAGACAACUGUCUACAACAUUGACAUUGGAAAAACUAAAGAAUCACCAAGGGUGAGAGAAUUCCGUGCGAAGCUUUUGAACUAG